GCGGAAGGGAGCUUCAGUGAGCGCUGGCUGCGGGGUGACGAGCAGGCAGCAGAGAUGCAGCUGGAGAUGAAAUAACGUCCAGCUGGCCCUGAGCAGAAUUUCCAGGCCGCCUCUGCACUGACUGGGGCCAUAGUGUGUUCUGGUCCUUACACUCAGAGAAGGCCUGGAAGACCUUGGCUUGAAGGAACAGGGAAGAAAUGGACACCAUGAAGAAGCUCACAAAAGGUUUGUCUUCUCCUGAUACUGACUGGCGCCAAGAGAAAAAGCAGAAGCAUCACCAGAUACUGGAGCCAGUCACAAUCCAGGAUGUCACUGUGCUUUUCUCGGAGGCAGAAUGGGAGACACUGAGCUCUGAGCAGAAGACCCUGUACAGAGACGUGAUGCUGGAGAUCUACAGGAAUCUGCUCUCCGUGGGACCAACAUCACAAAUCUACUAUUCCUCCCGCCUCUUCGCCUUCUCCUGUGUGCAGUUCCUCAGGCAGCAUGUGCUUCAGAUCUUCCCGGACUUGUGUGCAAAGAAUCACUUCCAUCCAGCGGAUUCCAGUCCAGGGCAGCCAGAGCAUCAGGGUUCUGAUGAGAACUGCAGGACUGAAAACACACAAGGGCGGGAGAGAGAAGCCUCCAAACCCUUGUGUGGGAGCACAGGGGAGAGAGAGACCGCAAGAGCAUCCUCCAGUUCUGCCCGAGGACAGUCAGCAAGGCCCAGAAAACACAACACAGUGGUAGGAAUGAAGGCCGACUCUGCCCCGAGGGGAAAAAACUCUGUGGAAACAGACAAGGGUUCGAAGAGAUUAGAAACCUCAAGAUUUGGAGUAAGUACUUGUAGACAAGAUGAGCCAGACUGCAGCUUGAAACCAAACUUCACAAAUCAGAAGGCCCUUUCCCAGGAGAAGCCACAUGUAUACAGUGAGUGUUGCCAAGGCCUUACUCAGAAAUCCUAUUUCCUUCAGCAACAAAGAAUACACUCAGAUGAGAAACAUGAUGUGUUUCCGCCAGGCUGGAGCCUCAAGUCAUCUCUCAUCACACACCCGAGGACACGCUCAGGGCAGAAGCCAUGUGGGUGCAUAGAAUGUGCACAGGGCUUUACCUGCAAACCAGCUGUCAUCACACACCAGAGGAUACACUCAGGGGAGAAAUCAUAUGUGUGUAAGGAAUGUGGGCAAUGCUUUAGCUGGAAAUCAGCUUUCAUCAGACACCAGUGGGCACACUCAGAGGAAAAACCUUAUACCUGUAAGGAGUGUGCCCGAGGCUUUAGCCGAAAGUCACAUCUCAUCAGACAUGAGAGGACACACACAGGUGAGAGACCUUAUGUAUGUCAGGAAUGUGGGCGAGGCUUUAGUGUCAGGUAAAUUCUCAUCAUACAUCAAAGCACACACUCAGGGGAGAAACCUUACAGGUGUCAGGAGUGUGGAUGAGACUUUAGUCAAAAGUUAUAUCUCAGCAGACACCAAAGGACACACUUGGGGGAGAAACCACAUGUGUGUAAGGAGUGUGGGCGAGCCUUUAGCUUGAAGGGAGAUCUCAUCAAACACCAGAGGAUACACUCAGGGGAGAAGCCAUAUGUGUGUAAAGAGUGUGAGAGACCCUUUAGCCGAAAGUCAACUGUCAUCAGACACCUGAGGACACACACAGGUGAGAGACCUUAUGUAUGUAAGGAAUGUGGGCGAGGCUUUGGCCGAAAGUCAACUCUCAGCAUGCAUCAGAGGACACACACAGGGGAGAAGCCAUAUGUGUGCAAGGAAUGUGGGCGAGGCUUUAGCCAGAGGGCAUAUCUCAUCACUCACGAGAGGACACACACAGGGGAGAAACCUUACAUGUGUACGGACUGUGGACGAGGCUUUGGCCAACAGUCACAUCUCACUGCACACCAGAGGAAGCACUUGGGAAAAACCACAUGUGUGUAAGGAGUGUGGGCCAGGCUUCAGCCAAAAAAGCCAUCUCAACAGACACCAGAGGACACACUCAGGGGAGAAGCCACAUGUGUGCAAGGAGUAUAAGUGAGGCUUCCGCCAAAAAAACCAUCUCAACUGACACCAGAGGACGCUGGUGAGAAGCCACAUGUGUGCAAGGAAUGUGGGCGAGGCUUCGGCCGAAAGACAAAUCUCAUCAAACACCAGAGGACACACUCAGGGAGAAGCCACAUGUGUGUAAAGAGUUUGGGCUUCAGCCAAAAAUCAAUUCUCAUCAAACACCAAAGGGAAACUCUCCCUGGAGGUGAGCCACACACUAUCUACUUCACUGUCUUGUUGAAGAGCCAUUUUGAUCCACGCUGAUGGCAACCAGAGUCCUGGAGAUGUGUUCACUGCCAUUGGAUCUAGCAGACUUUUCACCUACCAGCCUGUGUGAUCUUGCUGCUAUCUGCACCAUUGCUUGACUCUGAAGAGGGAUUUAUGGACUAGUAUGGGAUUUUGGACUUUAUCUAGACUGGGAUGUGUGCUUGGUAUAUAGCUCUUCAUAUAAAGCUCUCAAACACUUAA